GGGGAGAUAGUGCAUAGGCUGUCAUAUGAUCAAGCGUACAUGUUUAUACAUAUAUUACAAUAAUCGUAGCAGGACAUAGAAAUAGAAGAGUUGUUACUGUUAGAAUAGCAUUAUCUGUUAAGAGAGUCGCUAUAUUAGAAUGUGUCAAGAAAGUUUAUUUACUUCAAGUAUAUUCUACUUUAUCAGCAGUAAUUCAUUCAAUCAUAUCUCUUGCAUCAACAAGUAUCGAUAGCUAGCUUACAUGCAUUUUAAACACAAAUCAAUAUUCUUAAUAACUUCUUGAUUGAUUGGUUAAAAUCAUGACUAUGUUUUACUGAAGAAAAGCGUCAUGUGGAUUGAGUUAUAAAAUAGUUUGCACGCUUGCGGUUAUACUGUGAUAUUCUCGAUUUUAAAUGAAGCAAUUCACAUUAACAUUUGAUUAAAGAUUGAUUGUAUGAAAAUUUUAACUCAACUUGUGAAAAGUAUAAUUGAAGUUGAAUGUUAAUUUGUUGGAGAAAGGUUAAACCAGUUUGGUUUUCUAAAAUUGCGUUAAUUAUUGCUAUUUUGGGAUUUCCUCCAGUAUAUAUAGCAUCUGUAUAUUACGAGCAUGUAAAUGGUUUAUUCCCAUUAAUUAGUGCAUUUGGAGUUUUCCCACCAGAAAAACAUUGGUUUCAAGUGCUGAUGAUUAGCUAUGCUCUAUUCAAUAUGGCGGGAAACUGUUUUUGGUUCAUGAUAGCUAGACGUAAAAUUGUAAUUAUGACCAAAUCUCUUAUUCCUCAUCUAAUCAACUCAUCUAUCAGACUAUUAAUGAUCAUUUCUGGAUUGUGUUUAAUCGGUCUAUCGAUUUUCGAUAUGGAAAACUAUGGAGGAAUACAUUUUCUGAUGACAGUUGGAAACUUUAUAUGUCAUGGUAUGUCAAUUUUGUUGGGAUGUUACCUAAUGGCUAAAUAUUUUGAGAAACCUCUCUGGUUUUGCUAUUUUCGACUUACACUUAUUGUGAAAAUGCUGAUCAGUACAAUAUCAUAUGUUUAUUUCAACGUAAUUGGGCUUCCCUUAUUGAGUACAUUGAAUGUUUAUCGAAUGAAACCAACUGAUGGUGGCUACUGGGAAUUCCUUUAUUGUGCAAUUGCUGAGUGGGUACUGGUUCUUGCGUGUCUUCUAUUCACUCUAGUCAUUGCUCUGGAAACACAAACAUAUGAAGACGUUUUAGCACGGAAUAAAACCAGAAAUAUUACCACAAUACAACUUAUGAAACAAGUUUAAAAUAUGUCAAUUGUUUCGAGCGACAUCUUGUACUCACUAAUCUUUAAAUCAAAUUGAUGAAUAUAUUGAUCAUUUCUUUAUGAACUAACUGGUGAGAAAAUCGAAAACGUGGUUCUUAAU